GCCACAUGGAGAUCUGCCAGUCUCUAAUUCUGUUCAUGUGACUCCAGGCUGCCGACCCCGCCGACAUAGAGAGACUGAGACUGAGAGUCUGAUUCAGAGGCACCUGCUGCUGCUCCACUUGCUCCCGAGUUACCUGCUGCCCUUCUCUAUACUGAACGCUAAACACAUUACUAUACACAUUACAUUACUAUACUCAUUACUAUACACAUUACUAUACACACAGCCGGCAGCCGCCGCUGAUACCAUUACUGACACCACAGUGACACAGAGGCGCGUAGUCUCUUCUCCCCACAUCCUCCUCUCCGCCUCUCAUGCUGUUGUCUGGGGGAGCUCCGCAUGGGCUGGACUGGGUCGGGGGUCCGUGCAGAGAAGGGUCGGCUCUAAGCUCGGGCUAUGAGAAAGGAGAGGUGCAGAUGUGCCACACGGUGUAUCCCUGGCACUCCAACCACCGGGGGGAACUGAGCGCAGGACAACUGCUCACAUGGGUCGAUACCACCGCCUGCCUGGCAGCUGAAAGACAUGCCGGGGUCUCCUGCGUCACGGCAUCUGUGGAUGACAUUCAGAUUGAAGAGACAGCCAGGGUUGGACAAAAUAUCUGCAUAAAAGCCAAAGUGAACAGAGCUUUCAACACAAGCAUGGAGGUUGGCAUUAAAGUUGAAAUAGAAGACCCAUUUACAAAUCUACAGAAACAUGUCUGUACAGCCUUUUCUACAUAUGUGGCAAAGCCUGCUGCUUCCAAGAAGGUUUACCUAAAACCAGUAAGACUUCAGUUGUCUCAGGAUCACCUGGAAUACAGCCUGGCCGCUGAGAGAAGGCGGAUUCGGCUGUAUCAUGAAGACGCUUACAGCAACCUUAUGGAGGAGGGCUGUACAAUUUAUGAUGCAGAAUGGGAGAAUGAUCAAAAUAAAAUCUUGACAGACUCCACCCGUGUGGAAAGCAUUGAACUGGUGCUGCCUCCUCAUGCCAACCACCAAGGAAACACGUUUGGAGGACAGAUCAUGGCAUGGAUGGAAACUGUAGCCAAUAUUUCAGCAAGUCGGCUGUGUCGUACCCAUGCAACCCUGAAGUCUGUGGACAUGUUUAAGUUCAGAGGACCUUCUACUGUGGGGGAUAGAUUAUUAUUUCGGGCAAUUGUUAACAACACCUUUCAGAAGAGUGUUGAAGUUGGCGUACGGGUUGAAGCUUUUAACUGUGAAGAGUGGACUGGAGCCAACGGACGUCACAUAAACAGUGCCUUUCUGAUUUACCAAGCAUUAAACAGCAAGGGAGAAUAUCGUAUGUUCCCCCGAGUCAAAGCCUCUACAAAGGACAGCAUCAGGCGUUUCCGUGGAGCCAUUGCGAGGAGGAAAAUCCGUGUAGCAAGGAAAUACAUCCUAUCAACUAAACAAGAAAAAAACAUCUCGCACCCAUGGGACAAAGGUAACCAGGCUUACCUCAGCUACAAUAACAUAGCCACACUGUCUGUCCUAGCUGCAAAUAACGGAUGGGAGCUGAGCAGCACCCUGCCCAAUAUCAGAAUAUGUACUCAUGAAGAAAACGACAUUCUGUCGAUAAAAGUGGAAAUGCAAGUGAAAGUUCAGUCGCAACAAGCUUAUUUUCUAUUAUCUGACCUUGGGCUGCGGCCAAACUGGGAUAUGCACUACUUGAGCUGUGAGGUCAUAGAAACAGCAGGAGAGGAUGAUAAAAUAUUUCACAUCACCAGCCCACCUGUCAAGCAGAGCAAGUCCAGGGAUUUUGUGAUCUUGAUGUCCCGAAGGUAUACCAGCAAGCAAGGAGAUCCAUAUGUGAUAGCAAUGAGAUCCGUCACUCUGGCAUCACACCCACCAACCACCGAGUACCUGAGGAGUGAAGUGCAGUGUGCAGGCUUUCUCAUACACAGCCUGGGGAAGGAUCUCUGCCAGGUUUGUUACUUAAACCAGCUGACGCCAGGAAUCCUGCCUUAUGUUGAAGAGAAUCUCACCGGCUGGUCGAAUUCUAUUGAAGAGACGGCUUCUUCCUGCAUAAAAUUCUUAGAAACGGCGCAGGUUUACACGACUCUGUUAUGAGCUAUUGAAUGUUAUGGAAUAUCAGCACUAUAUAUGUAGCAGUAAUUUUGAUAACGAUGUUUACCCGUGAACACGUUUUCCUUUGCACUUUAAUAUAAACAAGAAUUUGUACAAAGACUGGAUUUUUUUUCUCAUUAAUGAAGCUGUGAUUUUGUAUAGAUGCUUUGUAAUAUCUAAUGACAAGUGUAAGAAUUUAUACUAUUAAAAGCAAUUCAUGUA